GUGACUGUUGCCAUGACCCACUAGUGAAAACAGUGGGUGACUGUCAGUGGACAAAGCUCUGAUUGGUUUAUGCAGCAUUGUACAGUCUGUCUGAUAACUUGUCGACAAUAUACAGUAUUUUCUUCAUUCGAUGCACCUUGAUAUUCAUGUAAGUAAAGUGUUUUUUCUAAGUACAUCUGUGCGUCUGAGAACUCGGAUCAAGAACACGUCUAAUGGUUGGAACCUUUAGACACAUUAAUGCGUUAGAAUAAGACGUGCUCUGAUCAUCAGCCUUGAGGGAUCUUCUCACUUCACGAAGCCUCAAACCACUGAAUACGAGAACUUUUAAUUCUGAUUUUAAAAAAAAUCAAAAGGAGCAGAGUCUGUUCAACAUGCAAAGCGGUCUGAGCUAAAAAAGUGGACUUGAAGUUUUCAGCUUUUGAUCAGAAAGAAGACUUAGCGACAAAGGUCAAAGGUCAAAGGUCACAGAAACUGUCAUUCUUUAAAAGCCAUUAGUUACAGUACGAUCCCUGACGAUAAGGUGGUCGCCUCCAGUCCUGGUUCUGUCUUUGCUGAUGUGCUUGGUUCUGUGGGAACUCCCACUGCAUCAUCACCGGCUGUGUGAAAUCUGAUGACCCCUCUAUGGGUUACUGUCCUUUCACAAACGUGGCUGUUGUGCUGCUUGUGAAGCGUUUGAAGAGUGGAUGUGUGGUGAUGCUACGGAGAGCUGUGCUCUGACGUACAGCAUAUUUCUGGCUUCUCUGGAUUAAUAAUCCGACGCCCACUGGUCCUGAAUUAAACAUGAAGUAGAAAAAAGAAGAAAAAAGGAAAACAACACAACUACACCGUUCAUAUGGCUGCAAACCCAAGGUGUUCAUGCUCUCACGCUGUGGGUGGAACAGCCAGCUCUGCGUCCUGGUCUCCUGUCCCACCGUGUGUUCAGAGCAGGAAGAGAAGGAAGCUCAGCACAAACAACGGUGUCCAUGUGUGAGUACAGGACAAAAGGUAAUGAGAGUUAACGUUGAACCAGCAGCCAGAUUUUAAAUGAUGACGAACAACUAAUAACAGCAAUAAAACAGAUUCUAGUUAUGAUGAACUUUCAUUAGUGAGUAGCUUGAGUUCAUUUUUAAUAUUCAUUAUAUUUUUUUUAUUAAUUUCGUGGUGUUUAGUGUUUUCAGUCUGGGCUCCUUUCACCUGUGCGUCUGUGCGCAUUACGUCUCCAUUAGUCCGUGCAUCCUGUCCUGGGAUGAGCUUAUCUUCCUCCUCCUCCUCUUCCUCCUUCCGUCCCACCGUGCGUUCAGGCCGCAGGGUGACGUCACGCAGGGCUGGUCCUGCCGUUUAUUAGCCAGAGGAGCCAAAGCGCCAGGUUGCGAGCGUCACACUGCAGCUCUGUCCGGCGGCGGCGGCGGCGGAGGCGGCGUCUGGUGUUCCGACCCAAAACUUUAUAGAAAGAGAAAAACACAGUGACUGACAAAAGUUUCGCAACUCGCCUCACUCCUGGUCCAAUGCAACUUUAAGCAGUUCGGUUCCUCAGCAGAGCCACAGGCUGCGCAUCCACUGUGAUCCGCUCUGAAUGAGCCGCGUCCCGCCGCGCACGGACUCUCCGUUUCUUCAGUAAUUCCACGCUGGGACACGGUGCGUGGAAGCCCCACACCCGUGAUGGCUGUCCCGUCACUGGCCUUUCUGCUCGUAGGAGUUGUUCUGACUUCAGCCGACAAGGCUGGCGACGUAGACACGCAGGAGCAGCUGCGGAGCCGGCUGAAGGAGUACGGCCUGGUCACCCCCUUCAGCACCGACUCCCACGGACACUACCUGUCGCACCUGCUCUCAGCCACUCACAAGCAGCGCGUGAAGAGGGAGGCGUCGCCCGACCCGUCCGCGCAGAAGCUCUUCUUCAACAUCACCGCCUUCGGGAAGGAGUUCCACCUGCGGCUGCGCCCCAACGACAGGCUGGUGGCGCCCGGCGCCGUGGUGGAGUGGCACGACGAGGUCCGGGCCAACGCCUCGGGCCUCGGCGCCGCGCUGGGCCUCAACCGGACCGAGGCCGGCGAGGCGGAGAGGAUCCUGCGCCGCGAGCUGCUGAAGACCGACUGCACCUUCGUCGGUGACAUCACAGACGUCCCCGGGGCCUCGGUCGCCAUAAACAACUGUGACGGACUGGCUGGGAUGAUCCGCACCGACUCAGACGAGUACUUCAUCGAGCCGCUGCAGCGCGGGGCUCAGGAGCUGGAGGACCAGGGCCGGGUCCACGUGGUCUACCGCAGGUCUGCGGUGGUGCAGGACCCCCCCGGCGCGUCGCUGGACUACCAAGAACCGCAGCUCAAUGUAGCCGGGACUCUCUCCUCCGUAGCGAAGCAGGUCAACGACACCGUCCACCGCCGCGUCCCUCGAGACGCCGGCGAGGACGACUACAACAUCGAGAUCCUGCUGGGAGUGGACGACUCUGUGGUUCGGUUCCACGGCAAGGAGCACGUCCAGAACUACCUGCUCACCCUCAUGAACAUCGUGAACGAGAUCUACCACGACGAGUCGCUGGGAGUGCACAUCAACGUGGUCCUGGUGAGGAUGAUCAUGCUGGGCUACGCCAAGUCCAUCAGCCUCAUUGAAAGAGGCAACCCCUCACGGAGCCUGGAGAACGUGUGUCGCUGGGCCUUCGUGCAGCAGAAAGGCGACCCGGACCACGCCGAGCACCACGACCACGCCAUCUUCCUCACACGCCAAGGCUUCGGCCCCACGGGAAUGCAAGGUUACGCUCCUGUCACAGGAAUGUGCCACCCAGUCCGGAGCUGCACUCUCAACCACGAAGACGGCUUCUCCUCAGCCUUCGUCGUGGCUCACGAGACCGGACACGUGUUGGGCAUGGAGCACGACGGCCAAGGCAACCGCUGCGGAGACGAGACGGCCAUGGGGAGCGUCAUGGCUCCUCUGGUGCAGGCAGCCUUCCAUCGCUACCACUGGUCCAUGUGCAGCGGACAGGAGCUGAAGAGAUACAUCCACACAUACGACUGCCUCCUGGACGACCCCUUCAAACACGACUGGCCACAGCUGCCUGAACUCCCUGGCAUCAACUACUCUAUGGACGAGCAGUGUCGGUUCGACUUUGGAGUGGGCUACAAGAUCUGCACUUCGUUUCGCACCUUCGACCCGUGCAAGCAGCUCUGGUGCAGCCACCCAGACAACCCGUACUUCUGCAAGACCAAGAAGGGGCCGCCGCUCGACGGGACGGAGUGCGCUCCUGGAAAAUGGUGCUACAAAGGUCACUGCAUGUGGAAAAACCCCAACCAGGUCAAACAGGACGGGGCCUGGGGAUCCUGGGCCAAGUACGGCUCCUGCUCGCGCUCCUGUGGAACCGGCGUUCGCUUCCGGAUGCGUCAGUGCAACAACCCAGCGCCCUCCAACGGGGGCCAGGACUGCCCCGGAGUCAACUACGAGUACCAGCUGUGCAACACCGACGACUGCCCCAAACACUUUGAGGACUUCCGGGCUCAGCAAUGCCAGCUCCGAAACUCCCACUUUGAGUUUCAAAACGCCAAACACCACUGGCUGCCGUACGAGCAUCCUGACGCCAACAAGCGGUGCCACCUGUACUGCCAGUCAAAGGAGACGGCAGACGUGGCGUACAUGAAGCAGCUGGUGCAUGAUGGGACGCGGUGCUCGUACAAGGACGCCUACAGCAUCUGCGUGCGUGGGGAGUGUGUGAAGGUGGGCUGCAACAGAGAAAUAGGCUCGACCAAGGUUGAGGACAAAUGUGGGGUUUGUGGUGGGGACAACUCUCACUGCCGAACAGUGAAGGGAACCUUCACCAGAACUCCAAAGAAAGCCGGGAAGACCAGAGGAGCCUUCUCUUUGCCCAAAGGAGCUCGAAAUGUGUUUUUAAAUGAGAGCGACGACCCUAGAAAUGUCCUGGGUUACCUUAAGAUGUUUCUCAUUCCUCCUGGAGCUAGACAUGUGACCGUCCAAGAGCACGAGGCCUCCCCUCAAAACCUUGCCGUCAAGAACCAGGCCACAGGACACUACAUUCUCAAUGGGAAAGGAGAGGAGGUCAAGUCCAGGAGCUUCAUCGACCUGGGCGUGGAGUGGCACUACAUCAUGGAGGACGACGUGGAGACGCUGCACACGGACGGGCCGCUGCACGACCCCGUGGUGGUUCUGAUUAUUCCCAAGGAUAAUGACACUCGCUCUACUUUAAUGUACAAGUACAUCAUCCACGAAGAUUCGGUGCCUGUCAACAACAACAACGUCAUCCAGGAGGACACGUACGAGUGGGCUCUGAAGAGCUGGUCUCCGUGCUCCAAGCCCUGUGCCGGAGGAUACCAGUACACCAAGUACGGCUGUCGAAAGAAGGGAGACCCCCAGAUGGUGCAUCGAGGCUACUGUGACGUCAGCAAGAAGCCCAAGCCCAUCCGCAGGAUGUGCAACCUGCAGGACUGCACGCAGCCUCAGUGGAUCGCAGAGGAAUGGGAGCAUUGCACCAAAACCUGCGGCACGCUGGGCUUUCAGAUCCGAACGGUCCGCUGCGUGCAGUUCCUCCACGACGCCACCAACCGCUCUGUUCACAGCAAAUACUGCAGCGGAGAGAAGCCAGAGAGCCGCCGGCCGUGCAACAGGAUCCCGUGUCCGGCCCAGUGGAGGACGGGAGCCUGGUCUGAGUGUUCCGUUACCUGCGGAGAGGGAAUGGAGCGGCGUCUGGUGACCUGCCGGAUCGGAGACCAGUGCACUGGAGAGAAACCCGAGGCUGCGAGAGCGUGCAGGCCGGGGCUCUGCCACGAUGAGCCGUGUAAUGGAGACAAGUCCAUCUUCUGCCAGAUGGAGGUCCUAGCGCGAUACUGCUCCAUACCGGGCUACAACAAACUGUGCUGCGACUCCUGCAGCAGGCGCAGCGGGGCUCUGUCUCUGUUCUCUGAGGCGGAGGAGCACGCCCGCUUCGGAUCGGCCUCUCAGCUGCUGGAGACGCUAACAGCCUCCCUGGCAGCCAACGCCACGCGCGGGGCUAAACCAAGCAGUGCCAAGGCAUCCACCACAUCAGGUCAUGCUUCCAAGUACAUCACCACCCCUGCUCCGCUCAGGAAAAACGCACCCAGGAGCACAGCAGCACAGAGGAGGCUCCCACGACCAGCCGGCGUCACUGACAAGCUGUCAGAGCCUGCGGGUCAGAGGCCAAGACGCUCCACAGGUCGCCGGUGGCCGUCCGCCUACUCUGAGGUGGAAAGAUGAACAUUCACAUGUGGUUUCCUCUUACGGACUUUAAAGUACAGCAGAUAAUCCAGCUUCAUCCUGAGACUUCUCAUGCCCAAACACCACAAAGAGAGAAACUGAGAGGGAGAGAAAGUGCUGGUUCACUUUGUUAUGAAUCCUCCUUUCCUUUAAAUCAGAUACUGACUUCAGCGUCCCACAGCGAGCUCCCAGAGACUUGAGCUUUCAUGGUUUAUAUACAAUUAAAUUUCACGGUGUGAAGGGGCGUUUCAUCCGUGUCUAAUGAACACCGCUAUCGUAGAGACACAGUGAACAAUUUCAGGGAUACAAAACGACCAAAGGACAGUUGAAUAUUCAAAAUCCAUUUAAAUUUCAAUUAAAUACCCUCGCUCCUUUGUUAACACCUGAGUGGAUAUUACCAAGAAGUAGUUGAUUAGUUCCAGCCAAAGUCGGACUUUCCACCACCUCGUCUGGAAGCUUUCGUUGACACCUACAGACUCACAAUCAGGGUGACAGGUGCAGGACGGGGUCCGCGUUCCCCCGUUGAUUGGUCUCUUCUCUGGUCUUGUCAUUUAAUGAGUCAGGCUCCAGUGGCUCCUCCAGCAAACACAGAAAAUGGAAACAGCCGCCGUCAUUACAGCCAAUUGAGUUUAGGGACGUAAGGACUGACGUAGAUACAGCGUUUGGUGGAAAAGUAGCUCCACUCAUCGUGUUAAUAUUCAUCCGCUGCAGUUUAAUAAGGUGCAGAAUCUUCUUCAGGGUUAUUGCUUGUCACGUCUGUGGACUGUGACCUUUGAGCUGGAUGAAAGGUUUACUCUCCUGUGAUGCUAAAGCAGGUGAUUGUCAUCCUCUCGCCCUUUACUUGAACAUUUCAAGCUGCCACAUUCUUGCCAAAGAUUCAAAUCUAAGUCUCGACACUUUGAACCGAUAGAGUACUCGCACAUGAUCUGAUUUAAUUUAUAGAUUUUUCAUCCAGCAAGUCCUAUGAGGCUCCUGUUUGUAGUGCACGUGCAAAUAUCAGUAUUAUUAUAAGAAGCUGCAGAUACUUUAAACCCUUUUGAAACAAUUAGGAUUCUGCUUUUCAGAAUUCCUGUCGGCACCUUUGUUUUCUUGUUGGGGAGUGAUGGUGUUGGUGCCUCUGGAUGCAGCUGUCGUCCACCAGAACCGCUGCUCUUUACUAGAUCAGUGAUAAAAGCAGUGGUACCUCUGCACCGACAACAGCUGCAUCCCCUCGCACUCUAAGCCCUUUAGCAAGACGUCAAAUAUUCCAAAAUGUCGCACACACAUUUUAGCCUUUAGCUCUUUCUGAGGCAGAUGCUUUUGUGAUUUUUUUCCAGCGACGGUAUUAAUAUUUUACUUUCUCAGAAAGUUGCUGUUAAAAAGUACUGUUUAAUCAAAGGGAACAUACUGUCACAUCAUACAGUAUGUUAAUAUGCAGCAUGUGAUGCGCAGAAGGGUUCUGUUCAGCACAGACUCAUUCAGGAUUCGGAAAAAAUAUCUCAGUAUGAGACACAGUCGUUCUGAAAAAAGGGAUUAAGAUGAUAACAUUUUAAGAUUCAAUGUUCGUGAUGCCCACAUUAAGAAAAGCAGGUAUUUUGUCAGGCUGUUGUGGUUUAAGCUGGCAGUAAAAUCACGCCUUUAAAGCUUAUCACACACAAACCUAGCCCAGGCAAACAGGGCUUUACAAGCUUUGUGCAGUUGUUUUCCAGUCCCAGGGAGGGCGCUAGAGGGGGUCAGGGGUGGCGCCGCACCAACUGACCACCGCUGAUGAAGCUUCUGGCCUUAUGUUUAUCAUAAAUACUUUGGAGAAUGAGAUAAGCAAUUAUCAUGAAAAGGCCGUUAAUGAAAUAAUAGUUAUUAAUAAUUUAAUUACACUCAAUGUUUGUCUUUUGAUCAGACAACACAUUUGAAGAAUCCCUGUCCCUGGUUUAGCAGUAUUCUGCAUUUAAAAUGAAAGAUCCCAACAUUAAUGCAUAUCCAUAGUGUUGUGUAUUUUCCAUCUACAGUACAGUGAUCAAACUGAAUUAUUAAUAAUACACUAUAUGAUUUUUGAUCUCAAGCAAGACUUCAUGCUGCUUUGCAGGAAAAAGUUCUGAUGCAGCUUGUUUUGAACUCGUCUUCCUUACUUCCACCACUUGUAUAAAUGAGAUGGUUAGUUUCCGAGAACAAAAAGCAGCUUCUGCUCAUCCUUAGCCGCUGGAUUAUCCACUCUCUCUCCCAGCUGCCUGUUGGACUGAAUCACUGUGUUGAAAGCCACACAGAGCUGGCAGCUCGUUCUCAGAGGGUCGGUGCUGUGAGCGACGCUCUCACAUUAUACAGGCUCAUUUGGAUCAAUUUUCAUAUCAAACAUCUUGCUUAAUGGAGCUCUGGCUCGUUACACCCUGAAACAGGCCUCGUUAUGAGCACAAGGAGCUGGACUUUCAAAGGUGUUUCCUGUACGCGGAGCGCGUUUUCCAUAAUGGCUUGUGUUUAUGAGUGAAGAAGGUCCAGGACAGAGAAGCUAUUUAUUAAUAAUAAGAAGGAUUUCCUCACAACCGCCAUGCGUCUGACUGCAACAGCAAAGACACUCACAACUAUUCACACUCACUCCUGUGUGCCAGUGUAUAGUACAUGUAUAUAGCAUUGUGCAUACGUAUUUAUUAAGGGUUCAGUGGUUCUGCUUUGUCUUUACAGGAUGUGCGGUGCUAGAUGCUCAAUAAGCUGCAGCGCUUUACAAACUGAACCAAACUGUUCAAUCACAUUUUCCAGUUUUACGUUUUUACUAAACAUCAUAGAAUAGGCGUGACAUUGUUUUUUGCAAACAAUUAGAUGUAAAUAUACUGUACAUGCUCAAUUCUGAGAUGUUGACCUUGUUGUCAGAAAGCUGUCUUUUCACAGCUGUUUUGUAGAAGUUGUUGACGUGAUCUGACCAGACGAAUGCGUUGAGCAGUAAAACGUAUUGUAGUGAGGAUGAAAGCGCUAAAUCCAUUUGUAGUCACACUCUCCUCCCCAGGUCCUUUAGUUGCUGCAUAUUAAACAUUGCUGCUAAUGUUAUACAGCGCUUGUAAUGAUGAGUAGAAUAGUUGUAGAUGUUACGUUGACAAUCCCUGAGCCUCAGACAGACAGAACUGCAUAGGAGUCUCCAUGUACUGUAUCGAACCCCCUGUGUUAUCCGGGAUUCAAGUGAUUGUCAUGACCGUCAGUCGCACUCGGCUAUUUGCUUUUCCAUGUGUUUGUGUAGAUUGAAGUGUUCACUACUGAUGCUGUUUGUUGUACUGGGGAGCACAUACUGUAGCAAUAAACAAUAUGAAUAACUACGUCGA